CGAGAGGAGGCACGGUGGUGAGUUGUUUUUUUCCCCAAGCUGAUUUCGCGCUCAAGUUUAACUUUCUCACAUUUAGCCAAUUGGCUUAACGUGACUCAGGAGUUCGCCAACUCCUACUUGAGCUAUGCGUCCCCGCGCCACGCCUCCAGGCUCGAGUGGCUAGUGUCGUUGUGGGAAACAUAUUUGUCCGGCGCUUUGAGUUUCCUGUAACGCGUGGCUUUGUUCAGCAUGACAAACGGACUCCGGCGAUGGAUUGCUUUGGACACUUGUGACCGGACUUGAACUUGGGACUGCGGUCCGAAGGUCUCGUUACAGCCUCAACGCGGCAGGCCACCCGUUGCAGAUAAGCUCUGGCCGCGCUUUAAAUUUGACCAGCAUGAGUUGACGAUGGCAGACGUCGGGCUGAUUUGAGGAAAACUGUUACUAACUGUCUGCGAUGGGGAGUCAGAGGAACGGAUUCAAGAGGGAGCGCUUCGUUUUGUCAGUGGACGUCGGCACAACGUCUGUCAGGUGUCACGUCUAUGACCAGGAGACGAAGAUCCGAGGAUCAUGCUCCAGCCAGGUGGUCGCCUUGUACCCAGAGGUCGGACAUGUGGAGAUGGACCCAGCUGCCAUAUGGAAAGGCUUCAUCACUGUGGUCAAGGGAGCUGUGCAAGAUGCAGGAGUGCAAAUGUGCCAGAUACAGGCCCUUGGCAUUUCCACUCAACGAGGCACCUUCACAACAUGGGACAGGAAAAGUGGAGUUCCCUUCCAUAACUUCAUCAGCUGGCAGGACCUGAGGGCCGCGGACCUGGUGAAGUCCUGGAACAGAUCCUGCACCAUGAACGGAAUCCAGGGUGUGAUGAAGGUGCUGUACUUCCUGACCAGGCAGAAGCGGUUGCUGGCCGCGAGUCUUAUUGUCUUCUCCACUCAGCAUGUUAGCUUGCGCCUCGUCUGGGCCCUGACACACUACAAGCAGAUUCGUCAAGCGGUAGCUGAAGGCAACUGCUGCUUUGGAACAAUAGACACCUGGCUCCUGUACAAACUCACAAAAGGCAAGGUCCAUGCUACAGAUUAUUCUAAUGCCAGUUCAACAGGCAUUUUCGACUCAUAUCAGAUGUGUUGGAGUGGUUUACUCUGCUCUCUUUUGUCUCUGCCUCUCUCCAUUUUCCCCAAGGUAGAAAAUACAAGCCAUGACUUUGGUUCCACUGACCCGUCUAUCUUCGGUUUAUCCAUUCCUAUCAUGUCAGUGAUGGCCGACCAGCAGGCGGCCAUGUUUGGAGAAUGUUGCUUCGAUGUCGGUGAUGUGAAGAUCACCAUGGGAACGGGCACCUUCAUGGAUAUCAACACUGGGUGCAAACCACACACAUCUGUAGCAGGUCUGUAUCCUCUGGUGGGGUGGAAGAUCGGCCCAGAGGUGGUGUACCUGGCAGAGGGCAACUCAGCAGACACGGGCACUGCCAUCAUAUGGGCACAGAAACUGGAUCUCUUCUCUGACAUCCGGGAGACCAGUGCCAUGGCUUACAGUGUCAGUGACUCUGAUGGCGUGUGCUUUGUACCUUCCUUCAGUGGCCUGCAGGCUCCUCUGAACGACCCUAAAGCUUGUGCUUCACUCAUGGGGCUCAAACCUUCAACCACCAAAAGCCACCUGGUCCGUGCCAUACUGGAGUCCGUCGCCUUCAGGAACAAGCAGCUGUAUGAGACUAUGAUGAGAGAUACUCACAUCCCCAUCACAAAGAUCAGGGUGGAUGGUGGCGUUUCCGCCAAUGACUUUGUCAUGCAGCUGACUGCAGAUCUGUUUGGCAGAAAGGUAGCCAGACUCCAGCAUCGUGAGAUGUCGUGUUUGGGGGCUGCUUUUGUCGCUGGGCUAAGAGCGGGCUUCUGGAGGACCCGGGAAGAGCUGAAGAAGCUGCAGAGCACUGACAAGGUUUUCUUGCCUAAAGUUGUUGACAGGGAUGAUUCUGGCAGUUGGAAUCGGGAGUACACCCCCGUCCUCCAGAGCUGGGAGAGGGCUCUCCGACGUUCCAUGAAUUGGUAUAGCAAGCCUUGACUUUGGAUAUACACACAGGGUAAUCCAGGGGUGGACCCAAUUAAACAUUUGAGUACAUGAAAGCAGACGGUCAUUCUUUGUGAAUCAAAAUGAAAACCUGGCCCAGAGUCUAAACAAGUCUUUAACAAAACGGUGGUAAAGCACUGAUCACUACAGCUGAAAGCAGGAUUGUGUGCUGGGGCGUGGCCAUCAUUUCAGAAGUGAGGGGGACAGAUUGUUCAGGAGUAAGACGAUUUUUACCUAAUGAUCUAUUAUUAUUAAUUCUCAAAAAAUUUGAAAAUUCACAAUCCUGUUGUACUCCUGCUGGCUGGCUGAUUUUCUGUACAUUGGGGCAAUAUAUUUUACUUUUACUUUUUCAAACAGUCCACUUCACCCAGCUCACAUCCCCGCUUGAAGGCUGCAGAAGUAGCAGCGUGAUUACCGUGCGUAAUUCGCCUGCCCUCUCUCAUGGUGCGUUCUUUUAAAAUGGAUUGAAUGGUUGUACAGCUGGGGGGACAUAUACGGUAACUGCAGGGUGCACUUCCCCCACCUACCCGGUGUUUCCUGUCCAGGGGUCUCAUUUAUAAAACUGUGCCUAGGAUCCUUACUGAAAACAACAUUUGGUGCCACAGCAGCCGGAUCAAUAAUAAAAAGAAGCAUUGGGAGUGGCGACAUGUUGCUGCUGCUGUCAACUGUCAGUGCGACAGAGCGGACAGUGGCAGAACUUAAGAAAAGGUGUUCCGAUCUGAGGGUUUACUACAUCUUUCUACUCCUUUACCAACAUGUAUUUAAUUUGUGUUGCUUGAGUAUUAUUUUAAAUGUGCGACACAGAGAAUCUCAUUCAUCCAAGGUGGAGGCAAAGAGGAACGUGUCCACAGCGCACCCCUCGCCACCCCCUGUCUGUUAAUAAAUGCUGCAGUGUCUCAGGGCAAAGGAGAAGUUUCUGUGUUAUGUGCUGCUGUUGAGCGAAAGAAAAUGAGUUGGUCACCAGAGCAAUGAGAAAAAAUUGCGAGCGCUGUGUGUGAGGCAUCAAUACUUAUAAUCGUUCUUCUCACAUUUGCUUUCUACAAUCUGACUUCAGCUCACUACCUCACCAUCUGUGUCGCCUAUCCCCCUUGUCUCCAGAAUGUGCGUACACCUUAAGCAUGGGUCAGAGUUUGCUCACGGUCUGCACAUUCUCCCGCCAAGUUUGUUUUUUAUAGAUCACAAACUUUGCGUGGGAAGUGGCAUACGCACAUUUCCAGCCCCGUUUUGUGCGUACGCCACGUUUAUAAAUGAGACCCCUGGUCUAAACCAAGCCAAGCAACCUUCACACCCAUGAUUUGUUGACCACAUACAGACAGCACUGUAUCUUUACUUGAUCCCUUCACGCUUUAGCAGCAUUUUCAGAUGAAUGCUGUGGUCAUUCUAGGUCUCUGUUUUACUGGAGCCUCUUCAAAGAAUUUUAUCCAGAUGGAAUCACAUUUGUUGUAGUAUUUUUCCACAUGAGGGCGCUAAUGACUGUCGUUACAGCUUUUUAAUUAAGGAAGUCGCCAUAGCAAUUACCUGUUAAUAAGGAGCCAUGGGUUCAAAUCAUUCAUCUCAGAUUCACACAUGAUCCUCUGCGGAAGAAGCAAAGAGCACACUUUGAUUGUGGUCAUUAUACCUCAUACCUCAAGAUUCAAAGGGCCUCACUGUUAUAGAAUAACAUUUGCUUGUCGACUAAUGAAACUGUAGAUUAGCACGUACAUUCUACUCUGUUGUUUAGGUACAUGUUGAUCAGGGAAGCUCAUAGUCUUUAUCUGUGUGUUUGUUUUUUGUUUUUUAUUGUUCCAGCUUUAUGAAGUUCAGAACAAUGUCAUAUGAUAACGUUUUGACUCAAGUCUUUUACCUGACCUGAUGAACUCUGAUGACAACGCUGACAGCUCUUAUUGUGUUAUGAUUAAAUGUGUCUGCAAAAUAAACUGAAGCUCAGUGUAGAAAUGUUCUGCUUGCUGGUUUUUGUUUAAUAUUGUUAACUAUUGUUUCUCAAUGUAACAUGGUUAAUGCUACUUUUUUAUUAUUGUUAUAGAAAGUGAUACUAUGAAAUUAACACCUCGGAGCAGGGAAAUUAAUUAUUAGUUUGUGUUAUCAUCCAUUUUGUUUCCAAAUUUGUAUGGUGUGAAAGGGCCAAAUAUUAAAAAACAUAUAUAAUCA